UUUGAUGGCAAUGGCUAGGGAUGGGUUGCUGCCCUCAUUCUUUUCAGAUGUUAAUGAACGCACACAAGUUCCUAUAAAGAGCAUAGUGGUAACUGGAAUUGGUGCUGCAAUCUUGGCAUUCUUUAUGGAUGUUUCAGAAUUGGCAGGAAUGGUCAGCGUGGGUACACUUGUUGCAUUUACUAUGGUAGCAAUAUCUGUAUUGAUACUCAGGUAUGUCCCACCAGAUAAGGUGCCAUUGCCACCAUCUCUUCAGGAGUCUACUAACGAACAACUUAGUGUAGUUGUGGAUAUACUUCGUCAUAACAAUUUGAUGGCACUGCCUCCACCACCUCCAACAGACUAAGCUUCAGAUGCAAAUUUAAGAGAGUCGCCAUCUAUUUCAGUUCGGGAGUCACAAGAUGAUUCUUAGUUACUAAGGAAUGAACUUUAUGAAGUUUUUUUAUUUUUAUUUUGGUAGGGGUAACCUUAAAAUGAUAACUUUAUGACUUAUUUUAGUAUUGAACAUUAUAAAGAAUUUUAGCA